AUGCCUGAACCUGCACGUUCUACAUCUGCUUUGAUUUAUGAAAAGGAUAAUCACAUAUGUCGUGGUCAUAUUUUGCAUUAUUUGUCAAACUCUUUAUUUGAUAUUUACUACUUUUACAAGUCUGCGAAAGAAAUUUGGGAAACUUUGAGAAAGAAAUAUUCAAUUAAAGAUGCUGGACCUAAGAAAUAUGUGGUGGGUAGGUUUCUAGACUAUAAGAUGAGUGAUGACAAACCCAUCAUGGAACAAGUCCAUGAGUAUCAAAAUAUUGUUCUUGAAAUUCUUGCUGAAGGAAUAGUCAUUGAUGAUGCAUUCCAAGCAGUUACUCUUAUUGAAAAGUUGUCACCCUCAUGGAAAGAAUACAAAAAUUAUUGGAAACAUAAGAAGCGUGAUAUGUCUUUAGAAGACUUAAUUGUCCACAUUCGAAUUGAGGAAUCAAACCGGGAAAAGGACAAAAACGACUUGGCAAAGGUUAAUCUUGUCAACAACCUUUCUGAAUGGGUGUUAGAUAUUGGGGCCACUAGGCAUAUGUAUACCAACAGAAACUUGUUUGCAGAAUAUGAGGAAGUAAAUGAUGGUGAAAAUGUCUUCCUAGGUGAUGCACGCAUUGCUAAGGUAGUGGGUAAAGGAAAAGUUGUUCUCAAAUUGACAUUUGGAAAAGGUCUUGCUCUUAAUGCUAUCCUUCAUGUUCCUGACAUGCGUAGAAACUUAGUAUCUGGGUUCUUGCUCAAUAAAGUAGGACUAAAUCUUGCAUUUAAAUCUAACAAGCUUGUCCUUAGUCACAAUGGGGAUUUUGUGGGCAAGGGUUUCUGUCAUAGGGGCUUAUUUAUACUUGAUGCUGAUUGUGAGAACAUGAAAUAA